CCGAGAUCUUCCUCUCGGACGGCAAGGAUGUGAGGCUGGCGAGCCGGCCAGCGCUCCCAGUACCCGAGGGGUCGCGCAGCAAAGGCGGGUAGCAGACCGAGGGGAGACCGGGAGCGGAGUUGGACACCCCCGGAGGGAGGAAGAAAUGAGGUAGCGACCGUCCCCGGAGCCGACCAUGCGCGCGCCCCGCCUGUGGAGCCCCGCGCUGCCCCGGCCGAGCCAGCCCGGACGGUGAGCCGGCCGAGCCUGAAUCCCCCGCGCCCGGUUGGAGCCAAGAUGCAGUGAGCCACGACCGGACUGCUGCGCCGGGCCCACCGCGGCCAGCUGGACCCGCCAUCUGACCGCAGUUGGGGCAAGCAACUGAUUCUGGGACCAGCCCGGCGGAGUGGCAGUCUGCCUCCGGCACCCCGUGGGGGCGGGGAGCACUGGCCCCUGGCCUUACUCGCUGCUGAGUUUCCGAGGUUCCUGGCCCCAGCCUUGGGAACUGUGUGUGAGAGGGGGCCCUUUCCAGCUCCGCCGAGGAGUUCCUGCAUUAUUCUCGAACCAUCUCGGCUGCUUUUACUUGGGGUCCCUCUAUUUAUUUGCAGGCGCGCAUCCCUCUCUCUCUCUCUCUCUCUCUCUCUCUCUCUCUCAGAUAUUUUCCAUUUCACUCCCAAUCGGUCUUUUUCUCAUUUUGCUUGCCUAAGACUGCCUCCGUCUUUGCCCAGGCUGGGGUCUUUGCCCAGGCGGGAGUGUGCGUUUUUCCACACUCGCAAGGGAAUAUUUUUUUCCUUUUAAAAAAAUUCUGCCCCUGGCUCCUGCAGGGUUCUCUAGCACUACACCCUUAUCCCGCCCCCAACCCCUACCACCGGACCACUCCCAGCAGAGUUUUAAUUUUCGGUCUUGCCCGGGGCCGAGCCUGGCCUAGGCGGGUGGCUCAGCUGGGCUCGCACUCAGCGCUCGGCCGCCGCCGCCCAGCUGCGCGGGGGCGCCCUCCGGAGAUGCUGCCGUGGAAGAAACACAAGUUCGAGCUGCUAGCCGAGGCGCCGCCAAGGCAGGCGUCCAAGCCCAAGGGCUACGCGGUGAGCCUGCACUACUCGGCGCUCAGCUCGUUGGCGCGGGCGUGCCCCGAAGGCGCGCUCAGCCGGGUGGGCAGCAUGUUCCGCUCCAAGCGCAAGAAGCUGCACAUCACCAGCGAGGACCCCACUUACACCGUGCUCUACCUGGGCAACGCCACCACCAUCCAGGCGCGCGGCGACGGCUGCACCGACCUCGCGGUGGGCAAGAUCUGGAGCAAGAGCGAGGCGGGCCGUCAGGGCACCAAGAUGAAGCUGACUGUGAGUGCGCAGGGUAUCCGCAUGGUGCACGCCGAAGAGCGCGCGUUGCGCCGCCCGGGCCACCUCUACCUGCUGCACCGCGUUACCUACUGCGUGGCGGACGCGCGGCUGCCCAAGGUCUUCGCCUGGGUGUACCGGCACGAGCUCAAGCACAAGGCGGUAAUGCUGCGCUGUCACGCGGUGCUGGUGUCCAAGCCCGAGAAGGCGCAGGCCAUGGCCCUGCUGCUCUACCAAACGUCGGCCAACGCACUGGCGGAAUUUAAACGGCUCAAGCGGCGGGACGACGCGCGGCACCAGCAGCAGGAGCUGGUGGGCGCGCACACCAUCCCGCUAGUGCCGCUGCGCAAGCUGCUCCUGCACGGACCUUGCUGCUACAAGCCGCCGGUGGAGCGCAGCCGCAGCGCGCCCAAACUCGGCUCCAUCACGGAGGACCUGGUCGGUGAACAGCAGGAGGAGGAGCUGCAGGAAGAAGAGGAAGAGGAGCACACCGAGAACUGCCUGGAGGAGGAGGAGGAAGAGGAGGAAGAGGGUCGUGCCAGGGAGAGGGAUCCGGCAGAGGAAGAGGCUGAGGCGCAGCGGGCGCUGGUGGUGGCCAUGCACUUGGAAUGUGGGGACUUGCUGGACACGUUGGAGAGUGGCCGGGAGGAGGCGCUGGCGGGCAGUGGGGUCUCGUUGGGACCCGGGGCUGGGCCGCCGCCUUUGCUGCUGGGUAGCUCCCCCGACGUGAAGGCCGAGCUGUCGCAGCUUAUUAACGAUCUGGGCGAGCUCAGCUUCGGCAACGACGUGCGAAGCCUGCAGGCUGACUUGCGGGUGACGCGCCUGCUGUCUGGGGAGAGCACCGGCAGCGAGAGCUCCAUAGAAGGCGGGGGCCCAGAUGCCACCUCUGCCACCGCCGGGGACCAGUCCGGCCCUACGGACCGCGCCAGCCCAGACGAGCCGCGCUCGGGCUGAGCUCCCCGCAACCUUCUUCUGCGCGCGCCCUGGCGCCCCACUGUGACUCCCUAACAGCCUCCUCGACAGCUUCCUUACCUAGCCCUGACCCCUGCUUGCGCCCAGGAAAGGGAAAAUGGGACACUUAAGGCCCAGAGUUCCUGCUCCUCCCCCUGAACACAUUUGGCUCUGUUUUAAGUGGAGCUCAGGUUGCCUAUGGAGAUACGGCUGGAUGUGUGGGGAUGGGGUGGUGAAACCCUAAAGGGAAGGAGAGAGGCAGCCCCUUGGGGUCAGGGGUGAGGGAAAUGCCCGCUGAAGUUAGCAAAAGUCCCGCAGGGCCAGUUUCCUGUUUGUGGGGCAGUUGGGGCCUCUGGAGGAGGGGUUAACUUCCUCCCCACCCCUCAACUGGGAGCAGCCUAGCAUUGUCAGUCAUUGGCAUAUCGUUUAAAAGAAAAAGGAAUUUACUCUCACAAUGUUUGAGGCUGUUUUUGUGCCGCCUCUUUGCCUCCAGUCUUGGUGGAGAGCUUGGGUUGUUUACCUCAGACUAAGACCCUUGAAAUUCUGCCAAAUUCCUCAAAUAUUUGUUUGGGGAGGGGGGGGGGGAGGAGAGGAAAAUGAAAGAAAGUUGCAUUUUGUUUACAGUUAAAGACAUCUAAUAUCUAAAAAAAGGAGUUUUCCUUUAGAAACACACACACCUUCAUCCUGCUCAAAAGAUCUCACUCCAUGAUACUGUGUAAAAUAUUUUUGCACUGUUGUGAAGUAUUUUUGACAUCUUUUUAUGUACAUAACUGUUCUCAGAGCUGGAUGUUUAUAUCUUUUGCUGUGCAAAAGGGACAUGUAAAAUGUUGUUCAGUUGUAUAUACAGAAAUGUGUAUAAAACAUUUUGUUAUUUUUGAA